GGUGUCAGGACGUGAUGAAUAGAGAACGCUUCCCCCUCCUCCGCCAUGCUAUGACGGACUGACUGUACCUCCGGAGCAAUGGUUUUCCGUCACUUUCACCAGCAACAAAGCGGCAGCACUGACGUAAACCAUACAGCACAGCAGCGAGGAAUAAGGCGUUCUGAUCCGGGACACUUGGAGCCGAAACAAUAAAAACCUAAAAUUACCAACAAACAAACAAAAAGGAUGGGAAUUGUCUACCAAGAGCGAAUGAGGGUGUCGGCGGAAACCGUCCCCGUGAUUCUUGCCCUGUAAUCCGAGGGAAUCUGCUAGCUAUAGUUGCGCUUUGAAAUGAGAUGUGAUCUGAAGGCAGAGUUAUGACAAGAGUUGCUGCAGGGUGCCGCAGCGCCUGGCUGCUUGAUAGUAGGUAGUUUGAUGCUUUUAUGGUAAUUGUGGUCUUUGGGUCUUUGGGGUGGGGAUGGGUGAAUAAACGGCUCUGAUAUAAUUGCGUUAAAUCAGUGCGGUGACCACCAAACGGCAGGAUAAAUGCAAUUGUGAAACAUCCACCUAUACCGCAUUCUGGCAAUCGCAGCUACAGGCAACAGAACUGAACAGAGGGGUUAGGCAUAUUCAGACAAUUUAAUGAAAAACUAAAAUACCGGUCAAAAUACCGUCAACGUGCUCAUGGUGCUUUCUACGAAAUGUUUAGUAAAUAAAAGUGUACAAUGCUUGGGACGACUGCUAAAGCCAAGUCUUGUUCUUCUUAAACCUAUGUACUGAACAAGGUUUUCAAAACGUGACGCAUUUAUUGCUGGGAAUCCUUCCUAUCGACUGAAAUCGUCUACCCAAUUUUGCGGCUUGUGGCAAGAGCGGUGAAACAGAAAAACAUGACUCAUUUGCAAGCGGGCUUGUCCCCAGAAACGCUGGAGAAAGCCAAGGUGGAGUUGAAAGAAAACCCAGAUACUUUGCAUCAAGAUAUUCAGGAGGUAAGGGACAUGAUCAUCACGCGUCCAGACAUUGGCUUUCUCAGGACAGACGACGCUUUCAUCCUGCGAUUCCUCAGAGCGCGGAAAUUUAACCACUUCGAGGCGUUCCGACUACUUGCUCAGUAUUUCGAAUACCGCCAGCAAAAUCUGGAUAUGUUCAAGAACUUGAAAGCAACUGACCCGGGCAUCAAGCAGGCUCUUAAAGAUGGAUUUCCGGGGGUGCUGUCCAACUUGGAUCGAUAUGGCAGGAAAAUUCUGGUUCUGUUUGCUGCUAACUGGGAUCAGAGCAGGUACACGUUUGUGGAUAUACUACGAGCCAUCCUGUUGUCUCUGGAGGCCAUGAUUGAGGACCCCGAGCUGCAGGUGAAUGGAUUUGUGUUGAUUAUCGACUGGAGCAACUUCACCUUUAAGCAAGCUUCCAAACUAACCCCAAGCAUGCUGCGAUUGGCCAUAGAAGGCCUUCAGGAUAGCUUCCCAGCCAGAUUUGGAGGGAUCCACUUUGUCAACCAGCCCUGGUACAUCCACGCUCUCUACACUGUCAUACGACCCUUUCUGAAGGACAAGACUAGAAAACGGAUUUUCAUGCAUGGCAACAACCUAAACAGCCUGCACCAGCUCAUUCACCCUGAGAUCCUGCCGUCGGAACUGGGUGGGGUGUUGCCCCCCUAUGAUAUGGGCACCUGGGCACGCACGCUACUGGACCAUGCCUACGACGAGGAGCCCGAGUACACCCCCGAAUCCUACACCCUCUCUGUGAAGGACCUGGAGAAGGACCUGUCCCCCAAAACCAUGAAGAGGUCGCAGUCGGUGGUGGAACCCGGAGUGCUGAAACGACCAGAGAAGGUGAAGAGUGAAGAGGAGAACCUCCAGCCACUGCUGUCACUGGACUAAGGGAAACAGCGCCCCCUACCAGUGGGGAUGGCAAGCCCACCCGGUUCCUGAAAACAUGUACAGUGCACACAAAGGAAAGGGCAAGGACAGUAGAAUGGAAACAUCAGAAGAAUGUCUUGUACUGAAAUGGAUGUCAAGAGAUUCAUCUGAAAGCUAACAAAGGGAACAGAACAUAAGAAAAACGCAGUGUUCCUGGUUUUAUUGCUAAGUGCCAAUUCAGAACUGUUCAUACGCUUCAGAUAAACAGUACACUUUGGGUAUUGAAGUGCUUGUGAUGGCAACAGGUGUACAGAUAAAGACAGAUGUGAAUAUUCCAUAUGUGUUUGUGGUGAAAUAUUAUGUGAUGAACUGGGGGGUUGUUUGGAAGAUGCACCCAAAGCGAAGAGUCCCUCGGUAUCUCAGUAUCCACACAGACAGCGCAGCUCAGGGUCAGAAUUUAAUAAUGGCACCGCCA